AAGAUAGGAAAAAAUUAAAAAACAUACAAAGAUGGCAAGCUCAAGCUCAAGCUCUAAUCAACAUGUCACAUUGGAUGUUGGAGAAGAAUACACAUACCCAUAUCCAUCAAAUCCUGCUGCAGCAAGCUUUAUUAGUGUGAAGCUGAGUGGUAGGGACAAAUACGGUGUUUGGAAAACACAGAUGCUAUGUCUCUUAAAGAGUCAUGGUAUGUUUGGAUUUGUAGAUGGAACACUUGUAAACCCUCAAACAAGUAGUAGUGUUUCCGGGAGGGAGAAAGUGUGUGACCAUAACAGUCUUUGGCUGUGGACAAGAUCAGAUGCUCUUGUGAAAGGUUGGAUUCUUGGUUUCCUCUCGGAACAAACACUCACGGAUGUUCUGGAUCGUCUUACAGAAAAACUUCAUUUAGAUAGAAAUGCAGCAGAAGAUUUCAGUGCAAAAGAUGUAUGGGAUGAACUGCAGACUAUGUAUGCUCCUCCUGCUGUUGUUCCACAACUGCCUCCUGUUGUUGAAGAUACACUACAAGGUGAAGAUGAAGAAGACAGAGCAUUGAAUCUCCAACGAUUGUACAAAUAUGCUCAAGAAGAAUAUUGGGAUGCGGUUGAAGGGAUUUUGAGUUUUGGAAGUGUUACAGUGAUAGACAAAAUCACGAAUAAUGGCAACACGGUGCUCCAUGUAGCAGUCGGUACUUCCAAGAACCCGGAAUUGUUAGAGAAAUUGUUGGAAAGGAUACCUGAGAACACACAAUUAAUGGAACUGAGAAAUUCAGAUGGAAGUACACUGCUUCAUGUCGCUGCCAUUAUUGGCAACACCCAAGCUGCUGACAUCUUGGUGGCAAGAAACCCAGAGUUGUUGUUGGCCGAGGACAACGAGGGUCAGACACCACUAGCCUUGGCUCUUUCUAAUAUGCACACCGACACAGCCCGACAUCUGUUGCAACAUAUCAAUAAUACCGAUGACAUACAGAAGGACGCCCUGUUUUCUGGCAAAACUGGUGAUGAGCUUCUAGUUAGUGUUAUUUCGUCUAAAGAUUUCCGCUUUGCCAGAAAACUAUUGAAGCAUUACACAACAUUGCAUUCUGAUGCUGUGCUUAUGGCUAUAGCUCAAAAUUUCCCAAGCCAAGUCAAUAUGUUUGAAAGAUAUAAAGCCUGCAUUUACAGAAUUGACAGAUCUUCCCCAUGGGUUGAUAGUUUGAUAAUCAGUGUAAUCAUUCUUGUGGCUUACCUCAUCCUUAUGCUUUUUCUGUUUAUCCCUGGGAUGUUAGUGUGGUUAUCAAUUAAAGAGAGAGUUGAAACUCAUGAAGAUGCUAUGAGACUGUUGUAUAGGGCAUCUGAUUUGAUAAAGGAAAAGAAUCACCCCAGCUCUUACCAUCACUAUUACAAAAAUCCGAUUCUUGAAGCCACUAGACAAAAUGCAAAUUCGUUUGUAGAAUAUAUAGUGUUUCUCUUCCCAAAUGCAAUUUUGAGUGCCAACGAAGACGGUCACAACAUUAUUCAGUAUGCUGUGAUAAAUCGCUCAGAAAAAGUUUACAACCUCCUUUAUCAGAUGAGUGAACAUAGGAAUAUAUAUCGAACAGUUAGAGAUUCUUAUGGGAAUAACCUGUUGCAUCUAGCUGCAAGAUUGGCACCUAACAACAAAUUGAAUCUUAUAUCGGGGGCAGCUUUACAAAUACAACGUGAACUGCAAUGGUUUAAGGAAGUGGAAAAAUUCAUCUGUCCUCUAAGCGUAAUACAAAAGAACUCUUUCAAUGAAACACCACAAAUGGUAUUUAGUAGAGAACACAAGGAGUUGGUGAUUGAAGGAGAAAAAUGGAUGAAGUCUACUGCGGAGUCCUACACGAUUACAGCUGCAUUAAUCAUCACCAUUGUCUUUGCAGCAGCAAUUACAGUGCCAGGAGGAAGCGAUCAGAACAAGGGGAUACCAAUUUUUACCAAUCACACCGCUUUUACAGUAUUUGCAAUAUCAGAUGCCAUAUCAUUAUUUGCAGCUGUUACAUCAUUAUUAAUGUUUUUGUCGAUUCUCACCGCACGUUUUGCUGAACAAGACUUUCUAUUUAAGUUGCCUACAAAGUUGAUAAUUGGUUUGGCGACCUUGUUCAUCUCAACCACAGCCAUGAUAGUAGCUUUUGCUGCAACGUUGUACCUUGUCUUUGGCCAAAGCAACUUCAGGAUUCUUAUUCCAAUAGUUGUCUUGACAUGCCUACCAAUCACCUCUUUUGUUACCCUGCAGUUCCCUCUUGUCAUAGAUUUGAUUAGUGCUACAUAUGGCCGAAGUAUUUUUGGUAAGAAAAGAGACCAUCCUUUUUAUUAAUUAUUUUUCUUUGUUUAUAAAAUGGCAGACCAUAUAGAUGUGAAAAGUGGUAAAAAAUGUAGUCAUUUGAAUUUGUAGUAUUUAAGUUAUCUAAUGUAUUAGGCUGGAGAAAUAUUGAUUGGGUGACUA